AUGGACCUUGGCACGAGCGACGCCGUGCAACGCGACGAGCCAAAGGCAACAUCUGACCAUCGACGUGCAUCUUCUGGUUCCGGACUUCUAUCCAAAUUUCCUUUCUUGCGAACGUCUGCAGAAAUCAAGACGCGCCUAGACAUUGAAGAAGACGACGCCUUAACCCCAGUGGCUACCGCGCCGUUGGCACUCGCUCCCUUGGCACAGCUCCAGAAGACUCGGCGUCGACGAGGCUCCCUUAGAAAGGCAGCACUCCUUGGGCGCGGUGCGCAACGAGAGAAAAAGGAUACCAAGCUAUUGAAAAUCGACACCUUAUCUACUGCUGCAAUUGAAGCCGAGGUGGUGGGGGCAUCGUCGUCCUCUGGCAUCACUGAACGGGACGCCCUAGGCCUCGAGGUAUCCGAUUUCACGCCUCACCUGGUAUCGACUGAUGUGCCUCUCAAGAUAUCAGCGGCUUCCAGCCAGUCAGGCGCCGAUGCCAUGGCCAAGGGAGAUCACCGCGAACGGUAUGCAGAGCGACGCAAUGGUUAUAACUCAACGACUGACGAGGAGGACAUACUUCAAAUUCCUCGUAAUCAAGGCCCUCCGCUCUCCACCUUAUCUGCGUCGUCUGGAUCCGAAUCCUACUUCACAAACCGAACAACCGCCGCCCGUCGCAGAUCAUUUCAACAGACCAAGUCUCCACUGUCCUACAGUGGCAUAUCUACAACAGCUCUCCCUCAUCCAGACUCUGACUGGGAUUAUUCAGAAACCGAAUGGUGGGGAUGGGUCGUCCUCAGUAUAACCUGGUUCGUCUUCGUUAUUGGCAUGGGAUCCUGCUUGAAUGUCUGGACUUGGGCGUGGGACGUUGGCAAAACACCAUAUGCACCUCCUGAGCUCGAAAAUGACGAGACUCUGCCAAUAGUAGGAUAUUAUCCGGCGCUCAUCAUCUUGACGGGUGUCAUGGCUUGGGUUUGGGUGGUAGUCGCUUGGGUGGGCAUGAAGUAUUUUCGACACGCCAAAAUAAGCGGUGAUUGA